AUGGCCGCGCAGUCUAUAUCAGGAAAUAUAUACAGUCUUUCCAAGCCCACAAAACGCACUGGAUCUGGGUUUGGAUCUGAACAGCUAACAGAUCCUAAAACUGUCUAUUCCUACAGCUCAGCUAACGUUAUUAUUCUCGACAUCAAUCUCGGUACAAAAGGCAGGCCACGUCGGGGAUUUGUUCAUAUUAAGAACUAUUUCCAGGAUCUCGAUUCAAGGCCAACAGGCCGUGAAUGCCAGCUGAGAGCUUUCAUAGGGGCUCUUCUUGUAGACUUCAUUGAUCGCUGCGACAAUCCAGGAAUCACGAAGCGGCCGCUCCGCCAAGAAAUCGACACACGAGCGUUAGCCUUGUCUGGUCGACAUCGUCUUGCCGCAUCGGAGAGAGAUUCCAGAUUCCCCAACCCUGGAUUUCAUGGGUUGCAACGAAUCAGAAGCCUCAAUUCUACGGGCCGCUAA